UUACGACCUACCCCUGUCGUCCUUGUUUUGCCCACUCCUCUUUCACUCAUCUCUCUCCACAGACGCAGCGACUCUCUCUCUCUCUCACAUUUCAUUUUCGGCGCAUAUUCUCUCUCUUCCUCUCUCUGUCUUCAUUCAGCGUCUGCCUUCUGUUCUGUUGCGCGGAAACUUCCCUUUGCCGCCCGAGAAGAUGGGACAGAUUCAGUAUUCCGAGAAGUACUUUGACGACACCUUCGAGUAUCGGCACGUGGUUCUUCCUCCGGAAGUCGCCAAACUCCUCCCGAAGAAUCGGCUUCUCUCUGAGAACGAAUGGCGUGCAAUCGGAGUUCAACAGAGCCGUGGAUGGGUCCACUAUGCUAUCCACCGCCCUGAGCCACACAUCAUGCUCUUCAGGAGGCCCCUCAACUAUCAGCAGCAGCAAGAGAAUCAGGCCCAGCAGAACAUACUCGCCAAGUGAAGAUGCUGCUGUUUUAUCCCUAUAAGCAUAGAACCAUAUAUGAUAAUACUUUAACCUUGAUGGUCUCGGUAUAUGUGUAGGACCUGUUGCAUAUGUGGAAGUCUUGGUGUAUCAGUGAUAAUUUAUCGCGGUACCAGUUCUAGUAUGUUUGGUGUCAAUGAUCUUUGCUUUGAUCUUUGGUGGCUUAACUUUUGGACCCUGAGGAUGUGCUUCUAGCAUGACAACAAAGUCUUGGUGAACAAUGGCUAGUGGUCUUUUGUUUCGUGAUUU